CGGUCAUCGACUAUAGCCCACCCGACACGAGUAUCACUGAGCAGCGGCAGCAGCAACAGUCUACUGAGUCCGCUCAAUCUGUUCCCAGCGUCGCAUCUGUACGUUUUCUAUUCCCCCCUUUGUCUCUUUCCACAUAUCCUCUCUCUCAAUGAAUAAAUGACUAACAACAUCUUCACAGCCCGCUGAAGCCUUGAAACUGCGACUACGAGUAGCCAUGUUCAAGGUCCAGACCAACCAAACCAACGUCCCCCUCUCAGAGCUUCAGGUCACUCCCCGCACGAUGGCUGCCCUCCUCACCGCCCGAAAGGCAAUGAAGCAGUCUACUUCAUCAUCUUCCUCUUCUUCUGCCAUUACAGAGACACCUCAGACUCAAACUCAGACUAAGAACACGCCCUCUCUUCAACCAUCUCCCGACUUUGCCACCGGCUCAGCGCUCCGUCGUCAGACCACAACGACACUUGCAUCUGCACCUGCACCUGCAUCCGAGAUACCAUCCUCACCUCCUGCCUCAACGGCCAGUAACGAAGCUGAGGCCGAAGCCGAGGCCGAUUCCGAGGACAGGUCCAACGACCAGCAAGAAGAAUAUCGCACGCCCGUUGCCAAGAGGCAGCGAACGCCCAGUGGUGCCGGAGCCGAACAGCUCAGCAGUCCACCAGAUAGCCAAGAGAGAAGAAGAGGAGGAGGAGACGGAGGAGGCCGAGGUGACCAAGAUCGGGACCUGGAUUAUGAUGCUCACCUGACCAGUAGCGUCGUAAGAGGAAGGGCCGCUACGGGUUUACUCGACCUCAUGACCAUGGGAUGAUGCAUGACUACGGGAUAGAUGUUCUGUCAAUGCCUCCUCUUUUUUUUUUUCUCCUCCUUGACACUGUUUUCUUUUUUUCUUUUCCUUCACGCUAUCUUCUUGUCCUUUCUUCACGAUGAACCUGUGUUUACUCGUUCCAAUACACUAGCUCGCAUCCAACGUCCUCCGCACACUAAAAACGAGCUUGAUUUCUAUGGGUCAAUAUUAUGCAAGAGAUGGGCUUAUCAUGUCAAAUUUCCAUCUAUCUUCUUUCCUAUUUCACAAGAUCUUUUUGAUU